AUGCCGCGUAUCCGCAAAAAGACCUCGAAGCGCAUCGGCACACACCGGAGGGAGAGAAUCAAGCACAAGGUCAAUGAGCACCGUAAAAAAGCGAAGAAGCAGGCGAAGAAAGAUAAGGUUGCAGGGAAGGUACAAAAGAAGUCGAAAAAGGAUCCCGGUAUUCCAAACGCGUUUCCCUACAAGGACGAAAUCCUAGCAGAGAUCGAGCAACAACGUCGCGAAGCAGCAAUUGAAAAGCAACGCCGAAAGGCCGAGAAACGAGCCGCCAAGGCAGCAGCAAAAAAUGUGGACGAGACGCAAUCUCAGGUAUCCGAACAAGCUGAAGGAGAAGUGGAAGAAAAUAUCGAGAAAGCGGAGAAUGACGGAUGCGGAUUCGACGGGGUAACAUCCAUCAAAAAGCAACCUAUACCCACUCCCCUCCCUAAAAAAUCCAACGACGAGGUGAAAGCGCCUAAUGUAUCUGUCUAUCCCGGUCCCUCGACGCUGAGGGACGUGUUGGACAAGGCAGAUGUUUCGAUGUGUGUUGUGGAUGCGCGGGAUCCAGAGGCUGGGGUUAGUGAGGCGUUGUUGGCAAUCGCAAAUGAAAAAGGGAAGGCUGUGGUUGUUCUGGUGAACAAAGCCGAUACCGUACCGCGGGAAUCACUCGUGGAAUGGUUAUCAUAUCUACGGAAGACGUACACAGCGAUGCCCUUUCGAGUGUCGUCUGCGUUCUUGCCGGUUACGUCGCCUUGUGAUCAUCCUGCGAAGAAGGCUAAAGCAGUGCAACCUGCGGAUGACGCGAAAGGAGUAAAAUUGAUAUGGGCAUGGCUCAGAAGGUUUGCGAAGGAGAAGAAGCGUGAUGAGUUGGUGGUUGCUUUUACGGGUGUCACGAACUCAGGUAAAUCAGCCAUAAUAAAUUCCCUCUUGGGUACAAGUGUGCUACCGGUAUACGAUUCUCUUUCGUCGGAGGCCGCGAAACUACCGUAUACAACGACAGUCGCGCAGGAAGUCGUUGCAUCGAUACCCGGUGGUGGGAGCUCGAAAGUGCGGUUUAUCGAUACGCCGGGAUUGGAAUUUGAGAGGGAGGACUUUUUGGAUAAUAGUGAACGACUCGCCUCCCGAGCGAAGGAUAUCUUGUUGCGAUCCAGGGGUCGGAUUGAGCGCCUCAAAGAUCCGAUGUUUGCAGUGACACAUGUCAUCUCGCGGGCAGAGACCCAGGAUCUCAUGCUAGCUUAUAACCUGCCUGCAUUCCCGAAAGGGGACACGACCGCAUUCUUGGCUGGUAUUGCGCGUGUGAAUGGCCUAGUGAAAACGGCAAGGGUGCUUGACCAUGCGGGAGCUGCGCGGAUUGUGCUGCGGGACUGGAAUUCCGGAAAUUUGGUCAGAUAUACGAUGCCACCUGCCACGAGUGCUGGUGGGGUGUCGGCUUCUUCGAUGGAUGAAGAUGGGGAGGUGUUGGAAGGGCUGAGGACGCGGAGGGAACUUAGGAAGGAGGUGAAACUGGUGAAAUUGACACCGGGGAAAGUGGACAGUCGGGGAGGAUUACUAGAUGAGACAUGGGAGGUAGAAGAUGAGGAAAGUGAGGAUAGUGGUGAUAACAACGAGGACGGAGAUGAUGACGUGGACGAUGAAUCGGAGUCUGGCGAGUCCGCCGCCGAAGCCAAGGAGGAUGAAGAUGACGAAGACGAAGCACCUGAGUUGCUUCCCCCACCGCCAUGCCCACCAGCGACCAAGCGAAAGCGGACGGUGUCAUUUGCAGGGCUGGCGGGUAAACGACGACGGGGUUGA